AUGCUUUCUUUGUUGACGCAUGUGUCUUCUCAUGAUGCAGCCCUGUAUGGUCAUUUUGAAGCAGCAACGUUGGCAACAGCCACGGAUGAAAUGGCCGCAGGACAUCACAGAAGUUGCAAGCAUGGGCAGUUUGUUCACCUUGCCAAGUUUCUGGAGCAUUGUUGUGCAGAUUUUUGUGCUUUGAAUUAUGACAGCUGCCAUCCAUCCAUGCACAUGUGUUUGUUGUGGCUGUUCCCAGUGAGGCUUAACAUAAAUGGUGUUAUGUGUCCUCCCUGUGCUGGUACAUCUGACAAAUCCAAUAUCUGA